UCAUGGUGCCAGACCACAACAUAACAACACCCACUGUAAUCACCUCGCAUUGCCGGUGUCAGAGCAUAUUAUGCUAACUCCGUGCAGUGUCAAAAUAAAUACAAGAAACUUACCUGCUACUGCAAAACCCCAUCGAACGUUCAAUGGUCGGCCAAUAAUUUGCUGUUUAUAUUAAAAUAAGCUAGGAAAGCAAGACAGCCGCAAAGGGAAGAACUACUGCUACUCGAACCGCUAAGCUGCCACUUGCCGAACCAUGAUACUGAAAAUGACCAUCCCAAACACCGUGUGGUAUCAAACCCGCUCGAUAGUGUCAUCGGUCACAGCAAACACAGCCGCCGCCGCCGCGAUGGAUCGCGUGCCGAAGGUGGUGGAAUUCCGCACUCCGGAACAAACCGUAGCAAAUCACACGCGCGCCACGCUCGGCCGCUACUACACCGUGCCGGGCGACGUGCGCAAGAAGAUCUUUGCGCACGGCGGGCUGCCGAAAAGCUUCGAGCGUCAAAUCAAAACGUUCAACGAGUGCUCGCUGAUGGUGCGCCGGCCGGCCGUCGAGAUCAUGGAGUACCUGCAGCGGACGGAUUUCGCCCGCCCGGUGAACCGGUUCGUCCUGCAUGGCGAGGACGGCGUGGGCAAAUCGCUCGUGCUAGCGCACCUGCUGCACUACGGCUUCCAGCAGCAGUACGUGCUGAUACACGUGCCCUGGGUGCCGAACUGGAUGAAGCGCGCGAAGGAGAUUGCGAACUCGGCCUCGCACGAGGGCUCGAUCGAUCUGCCGCUGGAUGGUGCGGCCUGGCUGGUGCACUUCAAGAGCCAGAACGGGCCGCUCAUCAAAAGCCUGGGCCUGACGGUGAGCCGCGAGUACGUGUGGACGAAGCGUGAAACUACGCCGGCCGGUGCACCGCUGAUGGAGCUCGUCGAGCACGGUAUCAACCGGGCGAAGUUUUCCUGCGACACGAUCGCUGCGUUGGUGGAGGAGCUGAAGCAGCAUGCGAGUGCGGGUCGCGCCCGGGCCAUGGUAGUGAUCGACGGGUACAAUGCAUUCUUCCAGCCUCACACGCGCUUGCUGACGGAAGCCAAGGCACGCAUCACGCCGGACCAGAUCACGCUCACCAAACCGUUCCUGAGCAUCACGCGCAACGACUGGACGAACGGCGUGUGCGUGGUCACCGUCGACCAGAUGGUGAAAGAGUUCAAGGACACGGCAGCCGGCCGGCAAAGCAGUGCUGUGGCGGGGCCGGCCCAGGUACAAGAGCCCUCCCUCGCGCUGCUGGAGUCGCGCGAGUGUUUUGAGCAUCUCGACCCGUUCGUGCCGGUCAGCGUGGUCGGUUACGAUGACGCUGAGUACUACAGCUGCAUCCAGUACUACCUGGAGCGCAAAUGGAUACAGACGAAUGAGCCCGGGUUUGAGGAGGAGCUUAAACUGCUCAGCUGCCAAAACCCGUACCAGCUGAUGCAGCUGUGUGCAUCGUUGUAGGGCGGGGUGGAAGGUGUAAAGUAGAAUUGUUAUCCAAAAAAACGAAUAAACAAGACCUACAGUGCGUAAAUACGUGAAACAA